AUGGGCAAGUCUCAGUCAAAGCUCUCCCCCUCCCAGCUCGACGAGCUCCAGAAGGCAACCCAUUUUGAUAAGAAGGAGCUGCAACAAUGGUAUAAAGGUUUCCUCAAGGACUGCCCCUCAGGGACUCUGACCAAGGAGGAGUUUCAGAAGAUCUACCGACAGUUCUUUCCCUUCGGCGAUCCGUCCUCAUUUGCAAAUUAUGUAUUUCGCGUAUUCGAUUCGGAUAAUAGUGGCAUGAUUGAUUUUAAGGAGUUCAUCUGUGCGCUGUCGGUCACGUCGCGGGGCAAGAUGGAGGAUAAAUUAGACUGGGCGUUCCAACUAUAUGACAUCGAUGGCGAUGGCAAGAUCACGUACGAAGAGAUGUUGGCAAUUGUCGAGGCGAUCUACAAAAUGGUGGGCUCGAUGGUCAAGCUCCCCGAGGAUGAGGACACCCCGGAGAAGCGGGUUCGCAAGAUCUUCCGCAUGAUGGACAAGGACGAGAACGGGAGCCUGGACAUGGAGGAAUUUAAAGAAGGUAGUAAACGGGACGAAACCAUUUGCGACGGUAGGACUCCUUGCGCACGAUGCAGAGAUCUAAAUCUCGUCUGCUUCGGCCACUCGUAUUCUGGAAGACCCGGAGAACGUACCUCGGCCCUGGACAGACACCAGAUAAAUCCGCAGUCGUCUACACCAUCUCAUGCACCUCAACCCGGUGAGCUCGAGGCGCUGCCUUAUCGAACGGGGCGCAUUGUAGCCGAUUAUCGACCGAUCUCGGUGCCGAUAGACGGGACGUCGUCGCCGUCGUUAGCUGUGACAGCCAUCACAAGCCAGCAAACCGAAGUCUUCACUAACUAUGUCCUAGCGUGCUUCCCUUGUUACUUCAAGUGCACCGAGAAGCAAGUUCCCAUUAACUGGAUCGAAUUUGUGGAUAGUAGACGAGGCUCCAUGGCUUCACCAUUUGACUGGGCGAUCCGUGCCUGCAACGUAGCAUAUACAGGGGCGCUGCACAGCGAUCCACGAUUUGUCAAUGCAUCGCGAGCGUUGUACAUACGCUCUCUCCGAGGGCUCGCAGGCCUACUAUCUGACACUUCGACCGCUAAAUCAGAUGAAGCUCUCGCCACGGCCAUCUCACUCGCAAUAUACGAAAAGCACCACUGCAUCGAUGAUUCCUGGCUCCGCCAUGCGUCGGGAAUUCGGACGCUAUUCAAGCUCCGGGGCCCAGAAGCCCAUGCGCAUGGGUUCGGCCGCGCUUUAUAUCAAGCAUACCGACACUUUCUCGUCACCCACUCGCUAAUAUUAGGCGAAGAAUGUUUCCUCGAGAAACCCGAAUGGCAGGCUCUAAACGAAAAAAUCGUCUCUGACAAUGCCAAACUUCCAGAUUCAUCACUAUACACCGACGUGAUCGAACGUGCCAGUCUCCUUGUAAUUAAGAUCCCAGGUCACAUGAAGCAAGUGCGCGAGCUGCGGUACAAGUCGCCAAGAGAGCAGGCCAAGCUACGGCCCGCGCUCUUGCAGCGAGUGCGAGCCACGCGCGCCGCUCUCCGGGGUAUCUAUACCGAAUUCGGCGUCGCGGUGUCCAUGCUUCGUUCCGGACAUAGCGAUAAAAAGGAGUUCAUCGGUCCUCUUCCACACCUCUUUUUCGACGCCUACUCAACUCUUUUCACUAAGGGAGUUCGCUCCGGACUGCGCAUUCUCAAUUACCUCGUUAUAUUACUGGAUCCAGCCCAGCGAUCAUUAAUGGAAGAAGAAAUCCGUCAGCUGUCCGACGACACCCCCACCAGAUCUGAAUACGGGGGUAAAUCGCUCCCCACGCCUCCGGGGUCGCCGGAAGAGCCCAAACUCGAGGUCAAAUCGUUGAUUACGCCGGAAAACCGAAGACCUCCUAUUACUCCCUGGAUGGAUAGUCUUGUAACGACCAUGGGUCUGGAGGGAGUGGAAAUCCGUCUUAUGGAAUAG